GCAAUGGGCCUGAGUCAGUCGAGGCAUGAGUUUCAGAAGAACGACAGAGGCAAAAGCUGACAGAAAGGAAACUACUCAGGAAGACUCUGCUGAGAUCCUUCAACAUCUUUGAGCAACAGAGCGCUUAUCACUGAAAGAACAAGCAAAAUGUCCUCAGCUAAGGGAAUAUCCAUUGGCAUCGAUCUGGGCACCACCUAUUCUUGUGUUGGGGUUUUCCAGCAUGGCAAAGUGGAGAUCAUUGCCAAUGACCAGGGCAACAGGACCACUCCCAGCUAUGUGGCCUUUACUGACACAGAGAGGCUCAUUGGAGAUGCUGCCAAGAACCAGGUUGCCAUGAACCCUGCCAACACAGUCUUUGAUGCCAAGCGACUCAUCGGUAGGAAGUUUAAUGAACCCGUUGUCCAGGCCGACAUGAAACUCUGGCCUUUCAAGGUGAUCAACGAUAAUGGAAAGCCCAAAGUUCAGGUGGAGUAUAAAGGCGAGACCAAAGCCUUCUACCCAGAGGAAAUCUCGUCCAUGGUCUUGGUUAAAAUGAAGGAGAUAGCUGAGGCCUACCUGGGACAGAGAGUGUCAAAUGCAGUCAUCACAGUGCCAGCGUAUUUCAACGACUCUCAGAGGCAAGCCACUAAAGACGCAGGAGUGAUCUCGGGACUGAAUGUUCUGAGGAUCAUCAACGAGCCCACAGCAGCAGCCAUUGCCUAUGGCCUGGAUAAAGGUAAAAGAGGAGAGCGCAAUGUGCUAAUCUUUGAUCUCGGUGGAGGCACCUUUGACGUGUCCAUCUUGACCAUUGAGGACGGCAUCUUUGAGGUAAAAGCCACUGCAGGAGACACACACCUUGGUGGGGAGGAUUUUGACAACCGCAUGGUAAGCCACUUUGUAGAGGAAUUUAAAAGAAAACACAAGAAGGACAUCAGCCAGAAUAAGAGAGCAGUGAGGAGACUGCGCACAGCUUGUGAGAGAGCAAAGAGGACCCUGUCCUCCAGCACCCAGGCUAGCAUUGAGAUCGACUCUCUGUUUGAAGGCAUCGACUUCUACACCUCCAUCACAAGGGCACGCUUUGAGGAGCUCAACUCAGAGCUCUUCAGGGGAACACUGGAACCCGUUGAGAAAGCCCUGCAAGAUGCCAAGCUGGAUAAGUCCAAGAUCCAUGAAAUUGUCCUGGUUGGUGGCUCCACAAGAAUUCCCAAAAUCCAGAAGCUCUUGCAGGAUUUCUUUAAUGGUAGAGAACUGAACAAGAGUAUCAACCCAGAUGAAGCUGUGGCCUAUGGUGCAGCAGUCCAGGCUGCUAUCCUCAUGGGUGACACUUCGGAGAAUGUCCAAAAUCUGCUGCUGCUGGACGUGGCUCCCCUGUCUUUGGGCAUUGAGACUGCAGGUGGAGUUAUGACGCCUCUAAUCAAACGCAACACCACCAUCCCCACCAAGCAGACUCAGAUCUUUUCCACAUACUCAGAUAACCAGCCAGGCGUGCUGAUUCAGGUGUAUGAGGGCGAGAGAGCCAUGACCAAGGACAACAACCUCCUGGGCAAGUUUGAACUCACAGGUAUCCCACCUGCUCCCCGAGGUGUACCACAGGUGGAGGUAACUUUCGACAUCGACGCCAAUGGCAUUCUGAAUGUGUCUGCUGUCGACAAAAGCACCGGCAAAGAAAACAAAAUCACCAUCACUAAUGACAAGGGCCGCCUUAGCAAAGAGGAGAUCGAGCGGAUGGUACAGGAUGCUGACAAGUAUAAGGCAGAGGAUGACCUUCAGAGGGAGAAAAUUUCAGCAAAGAACUCACUGGAGUCCUAUGCAUACCACAUGAAGAGCAGUGUUGAGGAUGAGAGUAUGAAAGGAAAGAUUAGGGAGGAGGAUAAAAAGAUGGUCAUUGACAAGUGCAACCAGACAAUCUCCUGGCUGGAGAACAACCAGCUGGCAGAGAAAGACGAGUAUGAGCAUCAGCAGAGCGAACUAGAGAAGGUGUGCAAGCCCAUUGUAACAAAGCUGUACCAGGGAGCAGCACCAGGAGGGUGUGGUGGGCAGGCAGGAGGCAGCUCUCAGGGCCCGACUAUUGAGGAAGUGGACUAAAACUAUGGAUGUCAGCAUUUUGUUUAAAGAAAAACUUUGGCCAUAUCACUGUUUUUGGUACCACAAAUGUUUUAAUUUCACUGGUUUUUCUUCUUGACUUAUCAUAAUAAAAAUACUUUAAAAGAUAGGCUAACGAAUGUUUCAAGCUAUAAGAAAAUAGAAAUCAGUGAUUGAUAAGUGGCUUCUUAGGUCAUUGACUGCAGUCAUUUUAUACCCGAGUUGCUCUAAUGGUAAUUUUCAAUGCUGAACUGCCAACCAGGCAAAGCAGGCUCCCCUAUAGAACCCCUGACCCUGAAACCCCCCUUGUGUGAAUGUGCACCACUAUUUAAUAAACAUACAUUGAAAUACUGAAGACCUUAGUGGGCCCUGCCUAUCUUCUCUUUCCCUUUUGCAAUGGUCUUAAACUGACACACACCAAACCUGGGGCUAUGCAGUAUUACAUCACAAGAUGUGGGCCAAAGAGGAGUCAGUAUGGGGCAACAAAUGUUUUUUGCCCCAGUGCCCAUAGUUUGUUAAUCCAGCCAUGCUUUCCCCUGAUCUUCUUUGUAGGAUGAUAAAUUUACCUGGAACACCACAGCCUCAGGUAUUAUCCUAGUGGAAGUGGAGAAUUUGGUUAUUAAUCAGGGUACUUUCAUUCCACUUGGUAAUGCCUUUAAUGUGCCUUUGCAUGACCUGCUUUGUUUGUUGUUAAUCCACAUAGAGUAAUAUAACAGAUGUAUCCUCCACAAUCUGUUGUGUUACUGAAGCUCAACAUCAUUUUAUUCCUUGUUGAACAGAUUGAAAUCUGUUUUUUUCUUUACACAAAGGUUCGCAAGACCUUUUUUCUCACGUACAUAUUUUUAGUGCAAAUAAGGAGAUUUUUUGCACCACAAAGACAUUAUGCUACCCUAAAAAGAUGUAAUAGUUGUAAUUCUUAUGAAUUAUAGCAUUAAUAUUAUACUAAUGGAUUAUUUGUAUUUGGUAAUAUUCAAUCAGGUUUGUAUAUAGCGUACAACGUAUUUGUCUUUUUAUUUACAUGAUUUCUUGUUAUAAAAAUGUAUGAUGAUCAAUGCUGGAGUCAGUCAGUAAUGCAGGACAUCGCUGUGAUAUUUGAAUAGUACAUUAGUCACCAGUGUUUGCUUGAGGUUUUUUGCUCAUUAACCAGCAGGUGGCGCUUAUAAGUCCACCUCUUUAUAAUUG